UAGCAACAGGGUAUCGUCACCGAGCUUAAGUCCGCGUGCUAAACAGCCGGUAGCGCAGAUCGGUGCUGCGAAUGGAAAAGGUCAAGGACAACCCAUGUCACCGGUACUGAACAAUGCCGGUGGUGCUCCACCGAAUCCUAAGCAACAUCUCCUACAGGCGGCAAAACAGCAGACACCCACGAUAGUGAAUCUUCCUCAGAAAUUAGCUAUGAACGUCCAACCAGCUAGUGUAACUACGACUCCGGCACCGAGAAUUCAUCAACCUAUCUCUCAAUCAACGGCAUUGAAAGGCAUCAACGGACAGCCGCAUCCUUUGAAUCCGAAGGCUCAUUUGCUGCAGGCUGUGGUACCACCUAUGGUCGCAGGUGUGGUGGCUAGCCCACCCACUCAAUCUCAUCUGAUAAACCCGCAGCCCGCUAGCAUCAGCUGUUCGAGACCUCCAGCACCAAAACCACCACCGGUAACGGGAACGAUGGAGCCACCGAAAGUAGAAGUGUCGAUGUCCGGCUGCAUUAUGGUCCCAACACCGAGUCCUCAGGCACGGGGCGUAUCAAUAUCAACGUACGAAGGAGGACCAUUGGGUGACGUUGUCAAUCACUAUGGCGGACUGACCAGAGGCGGAGAGCUCCCACCUCACUACAUGCACCCACAAAUGUUGCAGUACCAGUAUUUGCGUGCACAACAGGAGGCUGCUUUAACAGCCCCGCGCAUAGCUUACCACAUUCAAGAGACUCGAUCUCCUCAUCUACCUUUAGAUCCGAAACUCGAAACAGGCAUAGAAGACAGCCACAGCCCACCGUUGGAAUUGAGACGUAGUACACGAACACCGCACGAUCGUACUACCGAUAGUCCUCAAGUAGCUCAAGUGUACAUGAUGCACGGAGCAGUGAGAUUACCUCCACCACCGCCACCGCAAUAUAAUACGGGCAGUAAUCCAUCGUUGACUGGGGCGCCAGCAGCAGCUGCCAGAGGUGGUUUUUACGAACCUCCACCGGCGCAUCUACGAUCUCAGUAUCCUAUUGCUGCCAGCGAGGCGCCAAGCGACAGAGCCAUCACCCCCGAUAGGCCUAGAAAACACCAAGUGGUUACCCCACCUCAUGCUUCUCAAGUGCCACCGCAAGCAGAUUCAUUCCAGAUGUUGUUGCAACGUUACCCGGUUAUGUGGCAGGGACUGUUGGCUCUUAAAAACGACCAAGCAGCGGUACAGAUGCAUUUUGUUUUCGGUAAUCCCAAUGUGGCCAGAGACAGUUUACCAUGUAACAGCGAUGGAUCUACUCCACCACUGAGAAUCGCUCAAAGAAUGAGACUGGAACAAACUCAGGUCGAAGGAGUAGCAAGGAAGAUGCAGAUGGAUAACGAACACUGCAUGCUCCUUGCGCUUCCUUGUGGCCGAGACGAAGUAGACGUAUUGCAACAAAGUAAGAAUCUUCAAACCGGAUUUAUAAUGUAUUUACAACAAAAACAGGCCGCUGGAAUUGUCAAUAUCGCUGCACCAGGAUCGCAACAACCUGCAUACGUAGUUCACAUUUUCCCGUCGUGUGAUUUCGCAAACGAGAGCCUAGCGCGAAUCGCACCGGAUUUAUUGCAUCGUGUCGCAAAGAUCGCCCAUUUGCUCAUCGUGAUCGCCACGGUUUGAGGCCAACCAGUGGUCUAUUGGAUUACAAUAUAUCUAUACUUCUCGCCUUCACGCACUUGUAGGACGCUUCGAACGUGGCAUGAAGCCUGGAGUGUCCUCCUAACGAGGUGCAGUAUCGUACGACGAACGAUGAAGAGUAUUUCCGAGGGAGCGAGGAAGGUUUCUCCUGCGGAGUUAUAUCAGUGACAAUCAAACGGAUUCUUCGGCGAUUCGUACCGAUGUUCUAGAUCGUAGGCCUAAAACGUAGGUACGGGGUUGUGUAGCGUAGAGAGGCUAGCACGGUCAAUGUGCGAACAUCACCGAGCGUGCCUUUCUUCCCCGGUUUAUUUCGCAAUGGCGAGUUUCAUUCCUCCUCGAUGAAGUGGCUCCGCGGUACCACUCGUCUAACUGACGACGUUUGUGAGAUCGACCGACGUCACUCUUGGUCUUUCUGACAAGCGGGUCAGGCACAACCCCAGCCCUUAGUGAAGACCUUCGAUUGAUAAAAACCACGCGAUGUCCUCACUGUGAAAAAAAGAAAAGGAAGGAAAGAAGAAUGAAAGAAAGAAAAGAUGUAAAAGAGCGAAAGAUAGAGAGAAAACGAAGGAACAAAAACUCACACGCGUCCCUCCUCUAGGAAAACAGUAAAAUAAUAUAUCUACCGUUGCUCUAGAUGGACAGUCGAUUUCGUAAGUAAGAGAAUAGAGGAAGAAGAUUAAAAAAACUAACGUACCCCCUACCACUAUAAUACACGAGCUAUUUUAAGUAAGGCUUAGAUAUUAAUGAUACUGUAUAAAUUAUAAGCGAGCCAGCGAGGGCAUAACUACUGUGAUUUUAAUUAUUUAACGAUAUAUAUCUGCGUAAAGACGAAGAAAACAAAAAAGUAAAAACAUUAUAAAAUGGUGACCGAUACUGGUCCACGCGGUAUGUGAUGUGUUUUUUGUAUAAUACUGCUCUAUAUAAAUACCUAUGUAUUAUAUUAAUUGUAACAAUAGUUGCUGCUGCCGCUGUUGCUGCUGCCGCUCGUGUCGAACUAGAAAGUAAAGUUACGAUUUAGACCUCUAGCGAAGAAGCGUGGGAAAAAAACUACCUAAAAUAGUGUUUAUUCCUAGUGUAAUAUAAUUUCCAAUAGCAGGAUGUAUCAUAUUAUUAUCAUUAUUAUCAUCUUAGCACUAUGUAUAUUAUAAAAAUUUUUAAUAUUCUUAUUUUGAUUCUUUAUUAUUAUUAUUAUUAUUAUUAUUAUUAUUAUUAUUAUAAUUAUCAUAAUUAUUAUUAUAACUAUAAUAUAAAAUAAUAAUAAUAUUAAUAUAUAUGUAAUAUUAUUAAUUUUAUUAUUAUUAUCAUCUUUAUCAUUAGUACUGUCAUCAUCAUCAUUAGUAUGGCUAUCAUUAUUAUUAUAUUAUCAUUAUUAUUAUUGUCAUUAUUAUGUUAUUAUUACUUAUUAUUAAUUACUACUACUACCACUACUACUGCUACUACUAUUACUACUAUACUAUUAUCACCACUAUUACUACUAUUAUUAUUACCACUACUCUACUAUUACUAUUAUCGCUGCUAUCAAUUAUUAUUAACGUUAUUACAUCAGGCUAGUUAGAACGUACCAACCAGCACAUAAAAAGAAAAAAAGGUAAGGGGCUUAAAAGUAUGUCAUAUUGGAUGAACAGGAUACAGUAUGACCGAUCUCAUUGACCAUUGACGUCGCCCCAUUCUGUGUACACUUCCAUCCCCAUUUCUCUUAUACUUUGUCGCCUUUUGCGCGAUGUGUCAUAGACUCUUUAGCAAUCGUAUCGAGGAUAAUAAUGCGCUUACGUGUAUAGACCAGAAGUUAUAUUAUAUCACACGAAGCCGUGGAUGAAAAAAAACAUUAUUAAAUAAUAUAAAGAAACUUACCUAUUUACGAUAUUAUUGCUGCUGCGCGUAGGGCGCAUGCCUCUAGAAAAUAACCUUAUGGAAAAGUAUUAGGGAUGGUCAAAACAUACAAAACAUACUUUAUAUUCCUGUCACCCGUGUUCAAUCGACUCGAAAUAUCGAUCGUUUUACAAAUCGAUUUCUCGUUUUGUCUUGUAACCUCUAUUUUCUUUACUACUUCGAAUGAUCGCGCAAUCACUGAUCUGACGACUCUGUAUGUUUUAUUUUUUCUCUUCUUUUUUUGACCUAUCGGGCGUCGAAUACAUCGAUACUAUGUAUAUUAUAUUAUAACUUCGAUUAUUAUACGGUUGAUUUUAACGCAAUUAAUACGUACGAAACGAAAGUGUAUACGCAUUAUACAACUAUAAAUGAUGGUGUGUUGACGAUCCCUAAAGGAAGCGUGAUUAAUUUAAGGCAACGCGGAUACUCGUGGAGCGUGUGCAUGUACAGUGUAAAAGAUGCGUUGUGCAUAUGUACAGUGUAGAGGUGUAAGUGGGCGUGCGAGACGCCGAGUUUAAAGAAAGCAUAUAUUACAGCUACGGUUAAGUACACAUAAUAGGACGCGAACAAGACGCUCACGUCGCGGUAUAUUUCAUUCGUUUUUAUGAUAAAAAUCGCGCCUUCUGUUUUCUCUGUUUCUCCGUCCUUCUUCCUCUCUCUUUCUUUUUCCUCGUUUUUCCCGUUCUUUCCUCGUUUUUCCUCUUUUCGAUACUUUUCCACUCUUCGUCGAAAUCGUUUUAUAUGUAUAGGAAAUUCAAGUUCCCGCGACGCGCGUGUCUACGUCGUGUCUUAUCUAUCUUGUAAAAUAUCUGUGAAUAUUAUGAUUUAGUUUCUUCCUAUUAUAAGCUACUGGUAUACAAACAAAAAAGUUUAUGUUACUAUUUACUUAAGAGAAAGAAAUGUACAGAUAUCCAUUUUUUGUUUUGUGUUUUACUGUAGUUAUUGAUAAUUAUAUGGAUAUUAACGAUAAUAAUAACUAUGAUUAAAAAACUUGA